CUCCCGAGUAAGAAUGUGACGUCACGGACAUUAGCUGCAUCCCUUCUAGCUAUGACCCAACAACAAGGAUAGGGUGAAGCAACUGUCGGGAUGGAUGCAGCUACUCUCACAUACGACACACUUCGCUUUGGAGAGUUUGAAGAUUUCCCAGAGACCUCAGACCCUGUGUGGAUCUUAGGGAAAGAAUUCAAUGCACUAACAGAGAAGGAAGAUAUUUUCUCAGAUGUCACUUCACGACUAUGGUUGACUUACAGGAAAAACUUCCCACCCAUUGGAGGGACAGGCCCUACGUCUGACACAGGCUGGGGCUGCAUGCUCCGAUGCGGACAGAUGAUCUUAGGAGAGGCCCUGAUUUGUAGGCAUCUGGGAAGAGACUGGAGAUGGGUGAGAGGCCAGCCACAGAAAGAAGAGUACAUCAGUAUCCUCAACGCUUUCCUUGACAAGAAAGACAGCUACUAUUCCUUACACCAAAUUGCCCAGAUGGGAGUUGGUGAAGGGAAAUCUAUAGGGCAGUGGUAUGGACCUAACACAGUGGCACAGGUACUCAAGAAACUGGCAGUGUUCGACUCAUGGAGCCGUUUGGCUGUUCACGUUGCCAUGGACAACACUGUGGUAAUUGAGGAGAUCAAGAGGUUGUGUAUGCCCUGGCUGGACUACGGGGGAGGAGCGUGUGCGGACCCCCAGGGUGGGAUGUCGGAGCCCAACGGCUGCCUGGAGGGGGCCUGUGCCCUGGCUGAGGAGGAGACGGCUCUCUGGAAGCCCCUGGUUCUUCUCAUCCCCCUGAGACUGGGCCUGAGCGAUAUCAACGAGGCCUACAUCGAGACCCUGAAGCAGUGCUUCCAGCUGCCUCAGUCUUUGGGUGUCAUUGGAGGGAAACCCAACAGUGCCCAUUACUUUAUAGGAUAUGUUGGGGAGGAGCUGAUCUAUCUGGAUCCCCACACCACCCAGCCAGCGGUGGAGCCCGGUGAGGACGGCCAGGUCCCGGACGACACCUACCACUGUCAGCACCCACCCUGCCGCAUGCACAUCUGUCAGAUUGACCCCUCCAUAGCAGUGGGUUUCUUCUGCAGAACGGAGGACGACUUCGACGACUGGUGUGCGCGCGUUAGAAAGUUGUCCCACUCUAGAGGAGGCCUGCCCAUGUUUGAACUGGCUGACCGUCAACCAUCCCACUUCUCCUGCUCCGUGGACGUUUUGAACCUCGCGCCUGAUUUCUUUGAUUCCGAUAGGUUGGAGAGGUUCUUUGAUUCUGAGGACGAGGAGUUUGAGAUCCUGUCCCUGUGACAAAAGAGGACAAUGAUGAAGAGAAAUGAUCUGGCCUGGCAGAAUCCAAACUAUUCCUCGCUGAAGCUACAGGGGACCGGAGACAUCACUAACCAGUCUGGCACAGAGGGUGUAGUGGUGCGCCUUACACAGUUGUCUUUUGAACAGCCAGUGACUGACUGACUUACUGCUCUGUGUCCAAUGAGACUCCUUGCUAGGAGGUGUUACAAGGUGGCAGGAUCUCUCAGGGCGAAUUCAGCUUCAGAUAGGUGCAUCUUCACAUUGUCCUGUCUUCAUUUUAAGUCUUAACACUUUAAAUGUUUACUUUGAAGUGACAUGGUGCCUUCCCCCCCUCUUAACAGGCUGAAAGGCCACGCACCAGUUGACUGUGGUGUUUUGUCAAGACCUCGGGUUAGAUCCACAAUGGCUCACUCUUGGCCUAUGUCACUGAUAUCUAAAGUCUGUUUUAACUGAUGUAAAAAUGUUAACCAAAAUUUGGUUGAGUGAAAUGUGUAGAUUGCUGGUAUUACCCUUGGUUCAUCAGGCCCCCUUUUGGACAUGAGAUGAAUUGCCUUCACAAGGACGUUUCUUUUUUUGGACCAAAGUCCAUGUUAGGUCCACUUAUGUUAACAGGGCCCUUAGGAGUAUGGUGGUCACGUGUCAAAAAAGAAAAUCACUGUACAGAACACUUGCUCA